UUUGUCUUUUUAUGAAAAGAUGUGCAGAAAAGUAGAGAGGUGCUGUGAUAGAAAAAAGAUAAAAAGAUGGAUUAUAUAGGUUAUGCCAAACCUAGCCUAAAUAUAAAAAUUUCUUAGCAUGUGUUUGACAAGAGGGUUGUGGGCUAAUUUAGCCAGAACAUGACAAAAUUGGCUAAAUUAGCCACAAUGCGAUGAAACACACCUCAUGCUCCGUUUGAAUUGUAUCUUACAUACAAGGGGUGAAAUUACCAAAUUACCCCUGUGUCGGAUUGCACACUAUCACACCCUCGAACACACGAAGCACCAGUUAGGGCAUCCACUUUGGAGCUGAAGCAAAGGAGACGAUCCAAUCUGCGCUUGAGGGGAAGAAGAACGACAAAGGAAUUGACAUUGGUGCGCCACCGGACUAAGAAUUUGUUACGGUGACCCUACAACUCAGGCUCUCAGAGAUCUGGAAUCUGAAGAUGUGUGAUGGUAAUCUUUUGUAACCGUACAUUAGUAAUGGCUUCCAUCCGUACUUCUCCGCGUACCCAAUCCAAAAGCAAAGGCACUAUCACUGACAAGUCAAACAGUCAUGAAGAGACACAUAAUCAGUUCAGCCACAAGGCCUCAUGGGACAAUGACUCAAUUCGAGUUUUCCUGCAGUUGAUUGCAAAUGAGAUUACUAGAGGAAAUCGCCCAUUCCUAGUCCUCAGCCAAGUAGGGUACAAGUCCUUGGGAAGGAAAUUUGAGAAAAAAAUAGGAAGAAAACAUGGACUCAAACAGUUAAAGAAUAAGUACAUGUGUUUGAAGAAAGAGUGGCAAGCGUGGACAAAGUUGAUGGAUUCAAGCAAAGGAGUGUCAGGGAUAGGGUUUGACUAUGACACCGGCCUGUUUCAGGCACUUGAGAAGUGGUGGGACAAGAUGGAAUCGAUAAACAAGGUGUGUGCGAAGUUCAAGAAAAAAACCUUGGAACAUCGUGAGUUGAUGGAGACGGUCUUCAUGGGGGCAUCAGCUACUGGUAAGCACCAUUGGACUCGGGAGAGAAACUUGCUGAAGCUGCUGAUGACUCAUCUGAUUCAGUGCAUAGUUUGGAAGCCAGCCAUUUGCUGAUCCGAUACCCACAGGAGUACAGGAUGUGGAUUCAGAUUCUUCACUGGAGUACGUUCCGAUUGAAAAGGGAAAAAGGAGAAAGACGCCAUCAAGCAGUGUUUCAAAGUCGAAGAAGGCAACAAGUGGGGCGUUAGUUAUUGCGGAAAGCAUGAACAAUCUGACAGAUGUGGUGCGUACGAAGAAUCAGCAGGUUACAGUGAGGCACCUCACAGGCAACGAAUUGUUGUAUACUAUUUCGGAGUGCAUGCAUCGCCUGACGAGUAUUCCAUUCCUGCCUGGUACGCUGUUAUUCCACUUCGCCUCGCCACUUAUGGAUAACGCCGAUUUGUGGGAGGUGAUGAUGUGCCAGCCUGAUGACGACUCUAUCGUAGGGUGGCUUACACAGAAGCAACUCCAGUGUACUGCGUCGGCGCCUUUUGCAAACCUGUUUGGAGCUCGCCGGAUGUGAUGUAGCGGUGUUAAGAGUGUUGAAGAUGCAUGUCCUUCUCUUGCAUUAUGAAAACUUUUACUUAUGUUAUUGUUGGCACUGUAUUAAAACAUGAUGGUUGCGUGCGCAUGUUUUUAUUUCUUUUUGUGUUUUUCUUACUACCUAUGGUGAACAAAACUUUUAGUUCAGUGCAUGUGUUAAUAGAAUGGAAGCAUGAUUGUGCAUGCUUUUUGAGAAAUGAAUGGGAUGCUUUUGUUUAAAUUAGAUGUGUGGC